UUGUGGAAUGUCUAAUUUAUCUGCGAGAAGAUUGCAAUUGAGAAUCACGUGGACUUGACCGAGUAGGUGGGGUAAUAUCAGACACAGGAGGGCCAGGGUCGUAGUUUUAUGCGCGAGAACCAGGAGGAAAACAGAUUCUUUUAAAAGAGGGAUUACAAAAACGCACGGAUGUUGCACCCACGAGUGCUGACUAGAACAUCAAGAUUUUUCGCCUAAUUUUGCUGGAAGUAGGAGAAUCUGGACCCUCAAAACCAUGGCAGAAGGGGGCUGUGCAAAGAUCGAGGAGGAAGCGACAGCCACAGACGAAGACGUGGACUCUUCUCGAGGUAGCGGCGUGUGCAAAUGGUUCAACGUGCGAAUGGGCUUCGGGUUCCUCUCCAUGACAAAUAGAGAUGGUACACUGCUCGAGGAGCCUGUCGAUGUGUUCGUUCAUCAGAGCAAACUGCACAUGGAGGGCUUCCGCAGCCUGAAGGAGGGUGAGGAGGUAGAGUUCACCUUUAAGACGUCCUCCAAGGGCCUGGAGUCCAUGAGGGUGACGGGGCCGGAGGGAGCACCGUGUGUGGGCAGUGAGAAGAAGCCAAAAGGGCCCCAGAAAAGACGCUCGAAAGGAGACAGAUGCUACAACUGUGGAGGACCUGACCAUCAUGCCAAAGAAUGCCAGUUGCCCCCUCAGCCUAAAAAGUGCCAUUUCUGCCAGAGCACCUCCCACAUGGUGGCCAACUGCCCAAUCAAAGCACAGCAGUCCUCCCCGGGCUCUCAGGGAACCGCGACCUCGCUGAGGGAGGAGGAGGAGGAGCAGGAGCAUGCAGGGGCACCUUUGCCCCCAGAGAGCUCCGACGAAUGAAUCAGGGAUACUACAACACGCACCAAUCAAAAGAGGUUUCACUGGAAUGUUGAAACUACCUCAGGUCUUCUAUGUUGAACAGCAAAGAAGCAGUUUAGUUUAAUGAUGUGAUAAUUUGGACUGAGCUCGUUGUUUAAACUGCAGAGAGACAUCCCCCUUUUUGAUCUCAAAAGACGUAUUAUUAUUUUUUAUUUUUUUAUGCCUUAGAUGAAGUGUCUUAGCUUUGUAAUGAAACAAUCAAAACAUUUAGGGCCUGUUCCCCAGUCCUAGAAUAAACCUACUCCUAGAUAAACCAGUUUUAUUUCCAGGAUUAGAUUGAAACUAUGUCCAGAAAACUUGUAUUUGUAUUUACCAAAUGCAAUAAGCGUUGCCAUUUUAUCACUUUACAUACUCUUUAUCUCUGCAACAAGAUGGGAGCCUAUGUUAGGGUUUUACUGAACAUGACGGUAUGCCGUAUUUAUUAGACACCUUGAUAUAAGUUGGAAAUACAAUCAUAAUAGUGAAUGUAUUUAGGCGGAUAACACUGUAUGCUGGCUGGGAAAUGGUUUUCUGACAUACGGAAGAAGUGUCUUUCUGCCUGAUGUAUUCUUCAGGUGGCGCUUGUAAUUUUACAUUUCUUCGGCCAAGUGAAUGUUUGAACUCUUGCUGAGUGAUUGUCAGGACACCAUCAUUGCCAUGGGGAACGUACACAAUCAUUAUAGAUUAUGAAGUGCCAUAGCCUCUCAAUCUAUCUCUUGUGGAAUCAAGUGGCCUGUUUUCAAUCCCCAUAAAAAAAUAUUCACUGAAAAUGAUUCUUCACACACACAAAAACGGAUACAUAUACCUCUGCAUGUUACUCAUGAAUCCAUUUCUAUCAAGACAGUAAACUGUUCUUGAUUUAUAAAGCCGUGAUUCAAGGUGAUAUGCAAGACCAGCAUUGAUUGUAAGGCAGACUUUGACUUCUUUGAGCUUUUACCUAGACCUGGUUUUCUCUCAAAUUACUGGUCUCAUGGAAUUUUAUCAGGGCUGCUCACUUCUUCCCAAAGAUUACUUGUGUUUUACUUGAAAAUUGUGAAAGCUAGCAGUAUUGCAUGGACUUUCUUAGGAGGAGUUAGACCUGUUUUGUCAUUUGCUUUUUUUAAUCACAGUAGUUAACUUUUCAAUUAAAUGUUCUGUCACUACUUGUUAUCCACAGAUGUUGGGAUAUUUUCACCACUAAAGUGUGUGUGUAUAUAUAUAUAUAAAUCUUUUUAUAUUGAUUAUUUAUUCAAAUGCAUCGUGAAACUGGCUUUCUAAUGGAUCCAGUUUUGUUAAGGCUGACAUCCUCUUUUUUCUGUAACUUUGGCUCUCGGAAUGAUUGUUGAU